CACAACAUCUUAACCUUACACACACAGGACACUCUUAACCAGGAUCUUGACGAUGCUCGCUCCUGCCCACACCGUUGAAUACCCUUGACAGCUACAUGGUCUGCGCGUCUGUUCCUGGUUAAGCGCUGUGCCUCUCAUUCUCGCCCGCCGAUCGCGAGUCAGAGGUGUGGUUGGCUCAAUUGCCCGCUUCCUGCCAACUUCAACGACCUGCCAGUUCAAAACAUGAACUCCGACAUCCAUCCUGACACCUCUGCUUCGACUAAACGACGUCGAGCAACCCUUACCAAGAAUCCUCCGCCCUCUGCCUUUCCCUCUAAGCUCCCUUCACUACGAAAACCGCAGUCAUCGGCCACUCUCCAACGGGCACCAUCAGCACCAUCUCCAUACCCGCGCACGCAAGUAGCCUCACAAUCUGCCCGCGACUUCCACCAUCGAUCUCAAUCCGGCGUCUACGGAUCGAAUUCUUCUCUCGAACAGAUCAGCGCCAGUCCAUCUCCCAUCAUUCCCGCCAACGGUUUCUUCGCCCCUGCCACUGGCGACACAUACCUACCACCGCAACACUAUCCUCCCACCCCGCAAACCUCAGAUGAACGUCACAACGACUUGAUAGGCGCGCCUUUUGACGCUUCGGGACUUCUCUCUUCAUUCCAAGCCACGGGAACAAUCAGGGAACAAAAUGCCAUGAUGCAGAACUCACAACAUCCACAACUUACUCGCAACCACACGAGCCCCGAAUCGCGCACCCCUUCGGGCGGACUGUCACAGACAUCGGCGUCUUCCGGCAUUGCCAUGAUGGAAGUCACUCCGCCCAAAUCAGAGAAUGGCAUCCUCAGUCCUAAGCGCUUCUCUGGUGAUGGCACAAAGCCGCCGGGGCCAUUUCGAAAGAAGAGCGGGUUUUCAAGCUUCGUCAACAACAUGCUAGGAUCCCCAAGAAGUAUCAAGAUCUCUGCGCCAGAGAAUCCUAUGCACAUGAUUCAUGUUGGCUACGACAAUCAGACUGGGCAAUUUACGGGACUUCCUGCGGAUUGGCAGCGAAUACUCUCAGACAGUGGUAUCUCCAAGAAUGAGCAGGAUCAAAAUCCCCAGAUGAUGAUGAACAUCGUCGAAACGUACAAGAGCAAUUUUGGCGGAAUGGACGAUGGAGUAUGGCAGAAAUUCGACCAUGCGAAACUAUCGGAUUCGUCACAGAGCAGUACCAACAGUUAUCAAAGUCCAACAAUGACAACACCAAAUAUCGGUACCAACCCGGCUGCUUAUUCGCCUAUUGCUGGCGUCAUCUCGCCGCCUGCAAGCCCUCGAUUCCCUCAAAAUCAUGAAGGCAGCUUCGAAAAUCCUCGAGCCGCACCACCGGUACCGAGGGGCCCUUCAACCAUUGCAAUGGGUAGCAAGCCAGGCCAAUCUCCUGCGAUGAUGAUGCCCAACCGACCAGCUCCAAAACCUCCUACACACAAUCUUAGGGAUCUGGCACCAGCUCGACCGGCGCCGCCUCCCCCGUUCAAGCAUGAUCUGCCGGUUCGGUCUUACGAGCAAUCUCCAAAGCCUCAAACACCAGCCGGAACAAUACCAAGCUCCUCGCCGCAGAUUGCGCAAGAAGAAGCAUUCAGUCGCUCCAAUUCUACCAAAGCUCUCCAGUCAUCCCCUCCACGGCCGCAGGCGCAGCCGGCGAUCCAGUCACCUGCCCAAUAUCAGCAACAGCAAGAGCAAGCGAUGAUGGUAGCACAGCAAGCCAUUCAGAGCAAGCAGCUUGACCGGAGCCGAAGUCAACGUCAAGUUGCCCCUGGAGCUCCCGAGGUCCCACCCAAAAUACUCCCUCAGAAGUACAGUCCCCAUGUUCCUCAAACUCAGUUUGCUGCGGCGGGGGAAUCACCAAACCUACAAGGUCAGGCACAGCUGGCCAAGGUCGGCCCGGUGCCGGGUCCUCGGCCUCGAGCAAAACGACAGCAAAGCAACAUUGUGGAUGUCACCGCUCGGUUACAGGCUAUCUGCACCCCCGGUGAUCCCACCAUGAAAUACAACAGUCUCAACAAAAUUGGACAAGGUGCUUCAGGAGGAGUGUUCACCGCAUAUGAGAUGGCCACGAGGAGAUGUGUUGCCAUUAAGCAGAUGAACCUGGAACAGCAACCCAAAAAGGAUCUCAUCAUCAACGAAAUUAUCGUCAUGAAAGACAGCAAGCAUAAGAACAUUGUCAACUUCAUCGACAGCUACCUGCACGAAGGUGACCUCUGGGUCGUGAUGGAAUACAUGCAAGGAGGUAGCCUUACGGAUGUUGUGACCUUCAAUGUCAUGAGUGAGGCGCAGAUUGCCGCUGUCUGCAGAGAAACAUUAUACGGCCUCCAGCACUUACACUCCAAGAACGUGAUCCACCGGGACAUCAAAUCUGACAAUAUCCUGCUAUCUGAAAGAGGCGAAAUCAAGCUGACUGAUUUCGGCUUCUGCGCACAAAUCAAUGACAGUCAGAACAAACGGACCACUAUGGUGGGAACUCCAUACUGGAUGGCACCAGAAGUCGUCACAAGAAAAGAAUAUGGUCGCAAGGUUGACAUCUGGAGUCUGGGCAUUAUGGCUAUCGAAAUGAUCGAAGGAGAACCCCCUUAUCUUACCGAGUCGCCUCUACGAGCUUUGUAUCUGAUCGCUAAGUACGGGACACCAAAGAUCAAGAAUGAGGGCGACUUGUCACCAGUCUUACGCGACUUCCUGCAUUUCGCCUUGAGGGUGGAGCCCGAAAAGCGAGCGAGUGCUCAUGAUCUGCUUCAUCAUCCUUUCAUGCAUAACUGUGCACCACUCAUCAGCCUCGCUCCGCUUGUACAAUCAGCUCGAGAAAGCAGGGCUGCAGAAAAGGCCAAUCGUGGCAACUAAUAGUUGUCACUUUCGGUUCCUCUGUACAAUUAAUGCGACACCUAUUCUGGCGUGUUCAGGCGCGAUACGGCCCAAUAUCCGCCUAUACAGACGGGAUUUCGACGUCCCUUAAUGUCUCCACAGGCACCGAACAGCAUUUCCUGUGUUACAACAUGAAAGCCAGUUAUAGGAAGAGACUUUGCUUGGUGUGCUACACUUUUUCACGAUUUUACGGCUCAAAAUGUGUUCCGCAGCCUUCUUUCUGCUCACGUAGCCCGGAGGAUAUUGGAGCGGACCUCCUUUUCUACGGUCUUCUAAGGAGGGCAUUAUGAUUGAACGAUGGCCAUGGAGUUCUUGGUCGAAUAUCGGAUAUGGUAUGGACUGUUCCGUGAUCGGGUUUUAGCGCAAAGCACAGAAAGACUUCAUUGCGAUAUCUAGAGGUCUACACUGCGUAAGAUAGGUAGGAUCUUGUACCUCGAUGUGUAACAGAAAGGGAGACAAGAAAUGCAAACGAGACAGCUUCGAAUAUGAGAGAGCAUGUCUAUUCCGAGACCUUAACA